CCGAUUGGCGUUUUCUUUGUAGUGUUUUUUUUCUUCUCAAGAGCAGUAAAAAAAAAAACAAUGUAAAGUGAGCUUUAUGUGACACUGUAAGUCGGGACCAGUUCGGCGCGUAACAAGUCCAUGCUUAGUUAAAAUAACAUAUUCUGAACUGCGCGAAGCACUUCUAAACAGUUACCUGUAAGUGAGGUUGUAUGAGACGUCUUUGUUGAUGGAAAUGUAUUAAAGCUCGCUCUCGUGCCACAUGCGCGCUCCGUUGAAUUUUUCCGAGGGCUGCGCGAACACGUCCGUGCCGUGAGCAGCUGGGAGUAACUUUACCGCGCCACUAAAUCUUGUUUUUGUGAGACUCGAAAGAAGGAUACACACACAUCUGGCGUAUCAGAUUUGCACCAAUUUUCAUUCAUGUAGGUGAGUGGAUCAGCGAUGAGGGGAAGGCUGCUAGCGUCUAAUUUUUUGGUCCUCUGCAUCUCCUUAACGUUAUUUUGGCGCACGAGGUCAGUAAGUGCAGACAGCACGACAGAUGCAUUCAAAAACAACAUUACCCUGUUUACCCGUAUCCUGGAUCGACUUCUGGAUGGCUAUGACAAUCGGCUUAGGCCUGGCCUGGGAGAUCGGGUCACCACCGUGAAGACUGAUAUCUAUGUCACCAGUUUUGGACCAGUUUCAGACACAGAUAUGGAAUACACAAUAGAUGUGUUCUUCAGACAAAGCUGGAAGGACGAAAGGUUGAAGUUCGAGGGACCGAUGAACAUUCUGCGCCUGAAUAACCUGAUGGCCAGCAAAAUCUGGACUCCAGACACGUUCUUUCACAAUGGGAAGAAAUCAGUGGCACACAACAUGACCAUGCCCAAUAAACUCCUGCGCAUCCAGGAUGACGGCACUCUGCUUUACACAAUGAGGUUGACGGUACAUGCAGAAUGUCCAAUGCAUCUUGAGGAUUUUCCCAUGGAUUUCCACUCCUGCCCUCUCAAGUUUGGCAGUUACGCGUAUACGACGACCGAGGUAACGUACACCUGGACGAAGAAUGCCUCGAACUCAGUAGUGGUGGAAGGCGAGAGCUCCCGUUUAAACCAGUACGAUUUGCUGGGACAGACUGUGGGAAAUGAGACCAUCAAAUCCAGUACUGGAGAGUACACCGUGAUGACGGCUCACUUCCAUCUGAAGCGGAAGAUUGGAUAUUUCGUGAUUCAGACGUACCUACCAUGCAUCAUGACAGUCAUCCUCUCCCAGGUGUCCUUUUGGCUCAACCGGGAGUCGGUGCCGGCCAGGACCGUGUUCGGUGUGACCACUGUGCUGACCAUGACGACCCUGAGCAUCAGUGCCCGUAACUCCCUCCCUAAGGUCGCCUACGCCACAGCCAUGGAUUGGUUCAUCGCCGUGUGUUACGCUUUCGUGUUUUCCGCCCUCAUUGAAUUUGCUACGGUCAACUAUUUCACCAAGCGUGGCUGGGCCUGGGAUGGGAAGAGUGUGGUCAAUGACAAGAAGAAGGAGAAAGCAUCUGUGAUUAAGAAAAACAAUGCAUAUGCAGUGGCUGUGGCUAACUACGCACCCAACAUCACCAAGGACUCCGUCCUUCCCACCAUCGCCAAGGGCGGCGUGGUGGAGCCGAGCAAAGCCAAGACAGAGAGCAAACCAGCCGAGAACAAGAAGACCUUCAACAGCGUGAGCAAGAUCGACCGCAUGUCUCGCAUCAUGUUCCCCGUGCUGUUCGGGACCUUUAACCUGGUGUACUGGGCCACCUACUUAAACAGAGAACCCGUGAUCAAAGAUAUGGUCCCCUCCUACUAGGAACGCGCCAUAGUAGUGCCGAAGACAUACUGAUCAGAACUCAAGAGAAAGCCAAAAAACAUCCAGGGACCUCCAUACGCUCGUUCACCUCCGUGAGCAGUUCAUCGUUACCGGGCCACCAAGCAGGGGAUUGUUGCAGAGAGCCUCUCUUUCGCUCUCCUCCAUUUUCUGCACCCUUUUCUGCAGUGCUUUUGAAACGAUAUUGGCCUUUGUAAAUAUGUAUUUAUGGAUAAACUUAUAUGACUUGUAUGUUCUUUUUUUGUUUGUUUGUUUGUUUUUGUUUUUGUUUUUUGUUUUUUGUUUUUUUUCCUCCCAACCCAAUUUGGCGUGUUUCUAUGAAGCUGUUCUGUGAACGUUUCCAGUGGUUUUGGGCUCUCCUGAAAUCCUCUGACCUUCUGACCUUUUGACCUUUUUCUGUGAUCUAGACUAGCAGAUUGUAGUGUACUGUACAUGACACAUCAUUUUUUUAUCAUUAAUUAUUUUAUCUCUUUGUUGUAAAUGUUGCCUUUUUUGUAACGGCGCUCGUUUCAGGACAAUUGUUUGUUGUCAAGACCAGUAAGCGGUUAUGGUAUGCGAUUCAUAUUUUCUGUGCGUACCAGCACAAACAUACGUGGACUUAAAGAAAGAAGGCAGCAGUGGGCAUCGCCAGCUGCUAGUCCCGCUCGUUUUGUGAGCUUAAUCUAAUUUAUUCAUUUCAGUCUAUUACGCUACAUUAAGAAUGUACCCGCAUAUGUUCAAUUUUAAACAAGCCUCAACAAGCCCACUGAACAUAAUGCAUUGCAAGUAAUGGGGUUCAGAUCAGGUUUUUAUUAGAUUCAGGGUAGUAUUAGCCUUAAGUGUGCUCUGUUCAUAACCCAUGCGAUGUAAAUUCUUUUGGGGAAACAAAAGUCUGACUAUAGGUUUAUUUUCUACCACAUGGCUCCAUUAGAACAAUUCAUUUGGCCAGAAUGAUCAAACAUGUUAACAGCAAUGUUCUCUACAUGCAGCUGUACUUGCGUAUAUUUGCUUAUUUCCUUAAUAGUUUUUGAGUCAGAUUGUAUUAUUUUAUUUCAUCAUCAGUAGUAUUUUUACCCUGAUAAAUCAGCGCUGAUCAAUUUAGCUAUUGUUAUGCUUGCAUUUAAUUUUAUAUUCUUAACUGUUGUUAUUUUAAUUGUGUGAAUGUGUUUUACUUCAGUGGCUUAAUGUGGACCAAAACACCUACAAGUGCUUCAACUAAUGCAUGUUUACCAGAGUUGUUUAUCCUCUAAAAAUGAAGUUGAAUAUUUUUUUAUAUUUCUUCAUUCAGGCUGGCAAUAUCAUGCUGGACUAUGAAGUUAUGUAUUUGAUUAGAGGUCAAGUCAACAAAAUUAGCAGUCAACAAAAGCUUUUAUCAAUACAGGAGUGCAUAGUUCAGAAGAAUUAUAAACACUAUGGAGUUAUAAAAAUCUUUCUUCACAAAAAGUAUUGUAGUUAUAGUAUUUUGCUAUGUUUCUAAUCUAAAGGUUAAUGAAGGAAGUAUUCACAUAGUCAAAGCAUGCUGCAGUAUUAACUCUUACUAACUGAAAAAUGACAUUUUUAGGAUCAAAAAUUGUAUGUAUGUUUUUGUUUGUUUGUUUGUUUAUUAUAUAUUUUAUUUUCAACUAUUUAUCUGUUUACCUAUCCAUCUAAUGGUCAAGUGAUUUCUAUUUAUUUAUUUAUUUAUUUAUUUAUUUGCAUUUUACCUGAAUCUGAAUCACAGUCAAGUUUUGAAGCACUGUUUAGGGUUUGUUGGGGUGUUUGUUUGUUUGUUUGUUUGUUUUUCAAAUUAGCUUUAAUACUGUAAAAGAAUCUGGUUAUGCAGAAACAUGUCUGAGCAAUAAAAAAGUGAUUGUGUGUGAUUAAACUUUGCAUUGCAGACUGCUGCUGCAUACAUAUGGAAUGUAAUAAUGCUUUGUAAACGGCUCCUUAAAUUGUUUCAUUUUUCUUGUAGAUAGACCUGGAAAAUGUGUUCAAACUGGGAAACAUUUAAUUUAUUUACUAGUUAAGGCUGGUGUGAUUUAGAAGAUGGGCGACGGAAGUGUUGACCGUUCCCUAGGUUCUGUGUUUUCUGAUAUUAUUUUCUGUUAAUGACUUGCACCAGUAAAUUGUAUGUUCCUCCAAUUGCACACACAGUCACAUUCGACACUCCUUUCAGGUGCCGGUAUUCAUAUCCCAUGAGUUUGGAUGGGUGAUUGAACCAAUGUCAAUUCUUCCUUUUGUGCUGCUGGGUUUCAUAUUCUGUUCUAAAUGGUAUUUGCUCUCUCAUUCUUGGUCCUGUUUCAAAUGCUACUUGUUAAAUAAAGAGCAGAAUACAGUUAAA